AUUGAUUUAAAAACAGCAUCAGUCAGAAACAAAAAGGUUUCAUUCAAAUCUGCUUUAGCAAAAUGGCGCAUUUCGUUUCUGAACAAUUUCUCACUGAGAGAGAAGAAAUAUGUCUUUUCACACUUGUUUUCAGGUCAGCGGUCCACAGGAAUGAAGCUGCAGGUGGUUAUGAACAGCCAAGGCGAAGGCUCAUCAAGAUGGAGGUGUCAAACCUCAGGUCGUAUGCUGUGAGCGACGACCAGAUAAAAUCCUUGGCUGCCUGCUUACCUUCGCUCCAGUGUGGACCCAGAACAGGUGAAGAGAAUUUUGACCAAAUGUGGUGCCAGGAAAGCUGUGAUGUGCAUCGAUUCGGCGAAACUUCCCAACUGAACACACCCCAAGCUUCAGCUGGAGCAGCUGGAACAGAGAGGAGGAGGAAGAGGAGGAGGAGGAGGCCUCACCAGCCAUACAGCAGCCUGCUGGUGACUCCAGUCCACCCGGAGCAGAUCGACAUACAGGCCCUGGCUAACAGCCAGAAUCACUUCAACAUGGUGAAUUUCCAGGGGAUGUCGUUUGUGAGAGUCACCUCCUCUGUUCGGUCACUUGAAAUGAGACAGAGUCAGAGGAAAUGGAGAGUGUCUGACUACAAUCUGGAGGGUCAGAAGAUCCUAUCUGUGAUCUGCACCAUGACUGCAGACAUGAAUAUAUGAAGACUAUUAAGACAUGAUAGUAUAUCGUAAUAAAUACAGAAGAAAAUAUAGAAAGA